AUGGAUGAGGUUGCUCCAGAAUAUGACGUGGUUGUGCUUGGAACAGGUUUGACAGAAUGCGUGCUUUCAGGUGUUAUGAGCGUGAAGGGAAAGAAAGUGCUACACAUUGAUAGGAAUGACCACUAUGGCGGAGAAUCUGCCUCCUUGAAUAUCGAAGCUCUUUUCAAAAGAUACGGCAAUUACAACCAAGGCGAGGAGCCAUGGAAGAAAUAUGGCCGAGUAAACGACUGGAACGUGGAUUUGGUACCGAAACUCCUCAUGUCGAAUGGUGAAUUGACGAACAUCUUGGUGUCGACGGACGUCACGAGAUACCUCGAAUUCAAGCAGAUUGCGGGGAGCUAUGUUCAACAAGGGAGUGGGACAAGGGCAACGGUGGCGAAGGUUCCAUCAGAUGCAGGCGAAGCCCUGCGGUCACCCUUGAUGGGCCUCUUCGAGAAGAGGAGGGCAAAAAGAUUUCUCGAGUGGGUUGGAGCCUUCAAGGAGGACGAUCCGUCGACGUACGGAGGCCUCGACCUGAAUCGGUGUACGAUGAAGGAGGUCUACGACAAAUUUGGCCUCGAAGCAACCACGCGCGACUUUAUCGGCCACUCAAUGGCUCUGUACCAGACAGAUGAAUACAUCAACCAGAAAGGCGCUGCCAAAGAGACGGUUGUUAGAAUACGGCUUUAUGCCAACUCGAUGGCCCGGUAUGGGAAGUCUCCUUACAUUUACCCUCUCUACGGUCUCGGCGAGCUGCCGCAAGGCUUCGCACGUCUGUCAGCCAUCUACGGUGGAACUUACAUGCUUAAUACGAACAUCGAUGAGGUCGAAUACGAGGGUGGGAAAGUGUCAGGCAUCAAAGCGACGAUGCGCGAAAGAAGCGAGGAUAGCGAAGGCAUGAAGUUCUCGACAAAAACCACGAAAAUCAUCGCAGAUCCAUCGUACUUCCCCGGCAAGGUCCAGGUCAUAGCACAUCUGCUGAAGGCUAUCUGCAUCCUCACGCAUCCGGUAGCAAACACAGAGAACAGUGACUCUGCACAGCUUAUCAUUCCACAGUCACAGGUCGGCCGAAGGAACGAUAUAUACAUCGCCAUUGUGUCUUCAGCGCACAAUGUCUGUCCUAAAGGCUACUACAUCGCUAUCGUCUCCACCAUCGCAGAGGGUUCAAGCAACCACCACCUUGAGUUGCAACCUGGGUUUGACAGGUUAGGAAAGAUUGAGGAGAAGUUCAUGGGCGCACCGAUACCGCUCUACGAGCCUUUGGAGAGCGGAAGGAACGAUAACAUAUUCAUUUCGAAGAGCUACGACGCCACUAGCCAUUUCGAGACGACUACAGACGACGUGAGAGAUAUUUACAGGCGGGCAGAGCAAGAGGAACUGGUCGUAGAAGGCUUGCGGGAAGGCGACAAUCUUGUUGGACAGGAUCUGAUCCAUGAGCUCAAAGGCUCAGGCCAGUCUUCGGAAUCCUCGGCCAGCGUUUCAUUCCCUCACCGCAGCUUCUCAGUCUCAUCACUUGACCCAGCGUCCUUAUUGGUCGCAGCCUUUCCUCCAUUCCUUCUAGAACUCCACCUCGAAUUCAACGCGCCAGAGCUCCGCGGCGCCAGCAAAGAUGGCAGCUAUCUGAGUGGCGAUGUGAUCAAGGUCUAUGUUGGGCCAAAAAGAAAACGCUACAGCGUCCACAAAGCCCUUCUGACCCAGUAUGAAUGGUUCCGCAACAAAAUCAACUAUUUUACCGUCACGUUUCCCCUCCAUGAUCUUCUCGCCGAGGACCCCAAAGUUUUCGAGCUUCUGAUCGGCUGGCUCUACCGCAAUAAUCUGAAUGCGAUCUCUACCACCGACGAGGAGGUCGCUGAGAAAGAGGUGGCACUUAGCGUCGACCUGUACCUCCGAGCAUGCGAAUGGGACAUGCCCGAACUGCAAAACGCGCUCAUGGACCGGAUGAGAAUUCGAACAACUUGUGAAUAUGGAUUUUUCCCACGAAAGCUCAUCAAGACAAUCUACGAGAGCACAGAAUCCCUGUCACCUCUGCGUUCUUACAUCGUCGACAGCUUCAUCUACAAGGGCAUUCAAUGGGAUGAAGAUGCCGAGAUUGAAGACCCGAUCGAUGAACAUUUCUUCCUGACCCGCAAAAGUGCGCUCAAAACCCAACUGGACGCCGGGAAUCAGGAAUUCGUGCUCGAUUGCUACGAAGCAUUGUUCCAGCUCUGCGCGAAGUCUAAGAUUCGAGAUCCGGAUCGCGGGACCGGCUGCGUCUAUCACGCGCACAAGAGGGGGGGGAGAAGUGCCGGAGAUGAGCGAGCAAAGGGACGCUUGGGGCGCAACGGCAAUCACUUCAACGGAGGGUCUCAAGCGACGGUGCCAAUUGCGCAUGCACACCGGGAGUUCAGGCAUUCAAGGAAGGCACUUCCCUCUGGAAGGGUGGUCUGA